ACACAAUCUAUCGAGCAACCAGCUUAGCUCGAGGUCAACAGAGGCAUAUUCUCUACAAAAAAGCUAUAUUCGAAGCCUGAAACUCCUUGCUUGACCAUUGGGUGCGCUUGUCCAAUUUCCGUAGAAGAAGGAUACUCUGCCCAAGUCCCCGAAAGCAUUCGCCGACUGCGCGAUUUUCGCGUUGAUGGGAGGCAGAAUUUUAUCGCAAUAAAGAACAGAUAACCCCGGCCCUUUUGCUUUUCUGUGCCUGGAACUGAAAUCUCCUAUGAGCACUUCUCUCAGCAAUAAUAGGAUGAAGAUGUAUCUCCACUGCAGAAGUGUCAUCACUCGACGGACAAGAUUACCUCCGUCCUUAUCGUCCCUCCUUGGCUCCCGGGUAUACCACCAACAAUGCUCUCCACCCAAGGGAGGAUCGAAACCAUGCCACAACAAUACGUUCUCAACACAAAAUAGCCCACCGAAACCCCCCGCGAGCCCUGCGCCGCGGCCCCCAACAUCCUCCAUCCUUAGCCGCUCGUUCUGGACCUGCCGCUCCUCAUGGAAGCGCGCACGGAUCAACACCCUCCGGUGCCUCGUCGGCUGCACCAUCGGUGACUUCUCCGCCCUCUGGAUGCUGCAAAGCUUUGCCCCGGAUCUCGGGAUGGGCACGAUCAUGGGACUAUCCAUGGCCUCCGGCAUAACCACCUCCGUCAUGCUUGAAACGUAUCUCCUCUGGCGGGGCGCAGACCAGCUCUCCCUGCCGAUGGCCUGCCGGACGGCCAUGGGGAUGAGCAUGGUCUCCAUGCUGGCGAUGGAGAUCGCCGAGAAUGCGGUGGAUUAUCAUCUGACCGGGGGCGUGGUCGAUGUCGGGGACCCGCGGUUCUGGCUGGCGGCGGGCGUGUCGGUGGGCGCUGGGUAUCUGGCCCCGUUGCCGUACAACUAUUGGCGGUUGCGGAAGUACGGGAAGGCUUGCCAUUGACCUCGUAUCCUUUCUCUGGGGAAUUUGAAAGGUGCUGCGAAGAGCUGUAAUAAUCCCUGAUGCACUCGGGAUUACUGGUCUGCAAGCCGGGAAAGUUCUAACCGUCGCAGAUGUGCAGCCGCAGUGCAAGAUAAGCGCGUGUAUUUAGAAUCUCGUUGCCUGACAGUACAUCCUGUAGCUUGGUCCUAGCCUCCUAGCCCUCUCCUCCUGCCAGAACCAGAACCCCGGCUUAUUUACUUCCGUGCCUCAAAACUCCAAGUCGUAGGCCAACGUAUCAUCGCACAGCUCCUCUCUCAGUUUGUGCACC